UUAUUUGAAUUUUGGUGACGUUGGUUCAGGGAGAAGUUUAGUCUUUGGUGCAUUGUUGACAAAAAGCGCUUCACAUAAGAUUUGUAUCGGCUGGUAAGUGUGACAUUUCGACACGUUCAAAGGUUAUGCUAGCUCUGUAUGGUUUGCUAAGUUAGCGGUGCCAUGCUUGCUCAAUGUAGAUGGCUGAUUUAGUAGAUGCCCAAAGCUCUGAAGAACUAGCUAGUUACUUAGCUUUCUUACCUCCCUGAAAUGAACGUGCCAGUUACCGUUAGCUUAUUCUUGAUUUACCAAAUUCUCUGUGUUCAACUCGAUGCUAGCUAGCUAACUAGUUACUGUAAGUAGCUUGUGGCAAGUUGGUGAACUAUCUGCUUGCUACCUUUUGAGUAAAUGCUGUUUUGCAUUGUUUCCAGUUAGUUUGCCCCUGGUUUGGUUCAGAGGCAUGUUCAGGACGGUUCAGAUACUUCACGUUAAGUGAUAAUACCUAAACGUUAUGUUGAUGAAUGUAUUCAUCCUUCCACGAGAUAUAGUCCCGACACAAAUCUAAGGUUGCUACCCAAGCCGCUGGUCGUUCGUUCUAUCGGUUCGGUUGCCAGAGACGCGACCCAGUCGUUAAGUAUUUUUGUUCUGUAUCUAUGGACGCGACCCAGUCGUUCGUUCUAAAUGUUCCAUUGCCAUACUUGCUGGCAACGUUCUUAUCCCUUGCUUGCUAGCUAGCCAACAACUACGGCUAACUUAGUCACGUCAAACACUGCAGACAGAAUAACAGCAAAGUAGCUACAAUGGCGUUUGUUUAAGUUGUUUUCUAGUGACAUUUAUUUGGAUAGGUCCAUAACAAUGAGCUGAUGAUGCGCGAUUUCGCCUGGCAUAGAAAAUGCACUGUUGUUCAGAGGAGCUAGCCAACACAAUCACUUCAAACAGGAAAUAAAGCAAUCUAGCUGCGUUUCGUUUUACCUGUUUUCUGUUGACAUUUCUUUAUAUAUACAUACAAAUUAUGCCAGCUGAUUCAUGAUUUCGACUGGCUGAGAAAACCUAAAAAAAAAAAAAUGGGAGAUAAUGUCAUGUCUAGAUGCUUUUUAUAGUGGAGAUCAAGUUUAUAAAUUGCCAGGCUGGGCUGAUGAGACAGGUGAUUGCGCAGUGAGAUGGAACAGAGUAAAUGGGCAUUUAAAUGUCAUAGCUUUAGCUGGUGGUAACUUGUGGAACAGACACCGGCUGGAAUGCGGUUUUAACCAAUCAGCAUCCAGGAUUAGACCCAUCCGUUGUAUAAUGUUUUAUGUAUAACAAAUUGCUUAUCCUCAGAAUGUUUCGAUGUACUGAAGAACGUUGCACCUAUCAGAACGCCCCCCUGAACGUGACCCCACGAUGUCAUGCCUCAGCCUAACAUGACACAGCCAGUUACCAGACCAUGGUAGAUGCUAAGAGGGACCCUUGAGAUGAUCCGACCCUGAACCCUACUGAACCUUGGGCCAACGUGUCACUGAGGGGGGUUGGUUUGAUUAAUCUGGCCCGGGGUACACCAUGCUAUGGGCCGUUUACAUCAUCGGCGAAAGCAGGGAGGGAGCGAUAUGUACAUUUUUCAGCAAUCACUUUUGCAUGUGAAUAGAGAAUCGACUCAUUACUACAAUAAUUCUGUGGUUGUCAUGGCGCCCUGAGGUAGCCUAGGCAGAGAGCUCUGUAAAUAUGGUACUUUUGUUUUAAGUGUUUUUUUACUGAAUUUUUAAAUCAACGUUUUUUGUUUUUGAUAACUUGUUUUUGGCUUGGCUAGCUAAAAUAGUAUGAUUUGAAUGAUGCAGCAACACCAGAUAAACAGCAUCAGCUUUUUGGCCACUUGCCCCGGUUCCUAGAGGGAAGUUGACAGCGGUGUGAGGAGAUGCAGAGGCUCGCCUCAUAGGGGGCUUUUCCAGACUACUGCUGAGGAGUAGUAGAUAUACUGCUGCUUUUACAGUUGCUGAAGCAUCACCCAGGUGGGUGCUACAUUUCAGUAUUGAACGAUCCAGCCUACCUACGGAGAAGGAGCUGUGAACAUAAAAAACAACGAGGUGCCCGAAGAAGAGCUCCGUGGCCUGUUUGUCAGAUGUUUCUACCUCUCUGCCUGGCUGUUCCAUCUAUGCUCCCUCCGCUCAAGAUACUACCUUUCCGAACUGCCUAUCAUCUAAAGCUGUGGAAGACCAUCACUCUAGAACUGCCAGAUCCCCCAAACAUUUUUGUUAAUUUUUGUUUUUAAAGCGACUGUGAGAUUCUACUUGUAAUGAAAAGCGUAUAUAAAAUACAUCUAUUAGUACACAUGCUUAAUUAUGUCACUUUUGUUUUGAGCCGAGUUCGCCGUCGGACAGAGAGGCACCUGGCUCACUCCUGGGAGGCAGCCCGGUUCCAAAUUGAAUGUGAUAAACUUUCAGCCGGUGCAAAACACGCCUACACGGGUGCCCGGUCUAGAUUAAUUUAACACCCUCACUCAUUAAUUCCAUGGAGGGCAGAGUGUCGGCGGGUUUUCACUCGACCCUUGUACUUGAGUAAUCAAUUAAGGUCAUGAAUUAGUUAGGAACUCCCCUCAACUGGUUGUCUAGGUUUUAAUUGGACAAUUUUGAAAGGAAAUAACAAAAAUGAGCAGAUACUCCGGCCCCUCCGUAGAAUGAGUUUGACACCUCUGUCAUAAGGGGAUUUUUAGUCUUCAUUUCCAAUAUGCACCAUAUGGCUAACAGAGGUUCAGAGGUGUGUGUGUGUGAUGCAAGAUUAAUGACGAAGACCAUGCAAGCUAUAUGGUCAAUACUGGAGCAAGUCACAAAGCAUUACUUUUCUCCAUCUCCUCUUCACCAUCAGGCAACAGUUUGGCUUCAUUGACGCCGUGUUGUGAACUAGUAUUGGCGGAUGCCUCGUCGCGAUCCUGACAGUUCUUCUGCAAGCCGGCGCAAGGGUGCAACACCCAAGCGUCGGCCUCCAGCCCCAACUGCGCCUGCUUCAACAUCAAAGGCAAAGGCACCACGGCUGAGCGGACCAUCGGGUGAGGAGAACAGGGAAGCGGGGGAAUGUGGGUUGGUCUCAUGGCUUCUCAAUGCUGACACUGAAGCAAACUGUUUUUGUUUAGCUAUGUAUGUGAACCACUAGUUAAUAGUGUUUCAAUGAAUACAUUUUAUUAUAAGGUUUUGUUCCCAUUGUUUUUAAAGUUGAUUUUGGUCUCUCUAGCCUCUGCAGGUCCAGCUCCCUCCCCGCGAAAGAAGAGGAGGUUUCGCCCUGGCACCCGAGCUCUGAUGGAAAUUCGCAAGUACCAAAAGAGCACUGACUUGCUUUUGCGCAAAGGACCGUUUGCACGCCUGGUACGAUACCCCUGGCUCUGUCGCCACUGUCUUGUCUGGUAGAGGUUGAUUAGCACAUGGCUCCUGAGGACCGAUUUUAUAACCACCAUUUGUCUAUAGUCACCUUACAUUCUAAGAUGGAUGCUGCCACUGUCUGACAAUACAUUACUUGUUGUUGAUAAUGCAUAUUAGCCCUGUGAACUUUGCUCUAUGUGGGUCUCCAGCAUUUAGCGAUCAUUCUUUUUUUGCUAAAUCAACAAUGCCCCGCAUAUUAUGCGAGAGCUUGCAUAUUUGACCAAUCACCGCACUAUUACCGCAUACAACAGUCAAAUUAUCGCAAUAUUAUCACACAAAACUGACCAAUCACCGCACUACAAAAAGGGGGUUUGCAAUUUCAACCAAUUAAGCCACAUGUCACCAAACAUUCCCUUGUCAGUGCAUUUUCUUGACAAGUUGGACAAAAUCAUUGCAAUGAUAGAAUUGCCGCAGCAAAAUCAAGCAUUUAUGCAUGUAUAGGGUCUGGUAAACUGGUAGUGUCUUAAUCUGGAAGGAUAAACUAAAAUGCUUGUUUUUACACUUCAAGUUGCUACCCUGAGUUAAUCUUUCCUGAUUAUUUAUCUACAGUGAAUUGCAAGGUUGUUUACUCAGGUUGUCUACGCAGGUUCGGGAGGUGUGCCAGACGUAUAGCAGGGACUUCAUGAGAUGGCAGGUGUAUGCUCUUCUGGCCUUGCAGGAGGUAGGUUGGUUCCCACUCCUGUGCUUAUUUGAAGAACUGUUACAGUGGGGGGAAAAAAAGUAUUUAGUCAGCCACCAAUUGUGCAAGUUCUCCCACUUAAAAAGAUGAGAGGCCUGUAAUUUUCAUCAUAGGUACACGUCAACUAUGACAGACAAAUUGAGAGAGAAAAAAUCCAGAAAAUCACAUUGUAGGAUUUUUAUGAAUUUAUUUGCCAAUUAUGGUGGAAAAUAAGUAUUUGGUCAAUAACAAAAGUUUCUCAAUACUUUGUUAUAUACCCUUUGUUGGCAAUGACACAGGUCAAAUGUUUUCUGUAAGUCUUCACAAGGUUUUCACACACUGUUGCUGGUAUUUUGGCCCAUUCCUCCAUGCAGAUCUCCUCUAGAGCAGUGAUGUUUUGGGGCUGUCGCUGGGCAACACGGACUUUCAACUCCCUCCAAAGAUUUUCUAUGGGGUUGAGAUCUGGAGACUGGCUAGGCCACUCCAGGACCUUGAAAUGCUUCUUACGAAGCCACUCCUUCGUUGCCCGGGCGGUGUGUUUGGGAUCAUUGUCAUGCUGAAAGACCCAGCCACGUUUCAUCUUCAAUGCCCUUGCUGAUGGAAGGAGGUUUUCACUCAAAAUCUCACGAUACAUGGCCCCGUUCAUUCUUUCCUUUAUACGGAUCAGUCGUCCUGGUCCCUUUGCAGAAAAACAGCCCCAAAGCAUGAUGUUUCCACCCCCAUGCUUCACAGUAGGUAUGGUGUUCUUUGGAUGCAACUCAGCAUUCUUUGUCCUCCAAACACGACGAGUUGAGUUUUUACCAAAAAGUUCUAUUUUGGUUUCAUCUGACCAUAUGACAUUCUCCCAAUCCUCUUCUGGAUCAUCCAAAUGCACUCUAGCAAACUUCAGACGGGCCUGGACAUGUACUGGCUUAAGCAGGGGGACACGUCUGGCACUGCAGGAUUUGAGUCCCUGGCGGCGUAGUGUGUUACUGAUGGUAGGCUUUGUUACUUUGGUCCCAGCUCUCUGCAGGUCAUUCACUAGGUCCCCCCGUGUGGUUCUGGGAUUUUUGCUCACCGUUCUUGUGAUCAUUUUGACCCCACUGGGUGAGAUCUUGCGUGGAGCCCCAGAUCGAGGGAGAUUAUCAGUGGUCUUGUAUGUCUUCCAUUUCCUAAUAAUUGCUCCCACAGUUGAUUUCUUCAAACCAAGCUGCUUACCUAUUGCAGAUUCAGUCUUCCCAGCCUGGUGCAGGUCUACAAUUUUGUUUCUGGUGUCCUUUGACAGCUCUUUGGUCUUGGCCAUAGUGGAGUUUGGAGUGUGACUGUUUGAGGUUGUGGACAGGUGUCUUUUAUACUGAUAACAAGUUCAAACAGGUGCAGGUGCAAGAAGUUACAGGUCUGUGAGAGCCAGAAAUCUUGCUUGUUUGUAGGUGACCAAAUACUUAUUUUCCACCAUAAUUUGCAAAUAAAUUCAUGAAAAAUCCUACAAUGUGAUUUUCUCAAUUUGUCUGUCAUAGUUGACGUGUACCUAUGAUGAAAAUUACAGGCCUCUCUCAUAUUUUUAAGUGGGAGAACUUACACAAUUGGUGGCUGACUAAAUACUUUUUCCCCCCACUGGGUCGCCAACAUUUUCUAGCAUGAGAGCUACUUUUUAAAAAUGAAACAUGUCGCGAGCUACUAACUUUUCGAAUAAGCACAUUCUUCUCCUCUCCCAUGCUACUCUUCCCCAGCUCCUUAGUGUACACGAGAAAUAUACCUUUAAAAAAAUAAUGGUUAAUACAAAAAACUUAAAGUUGGGCCCUAUAAAAUCGGAUAUUUUUUUUUUCUUCCCCAAAUUGUCUUCUCACUUUUAAUUUGACUGGUUUUAGAUUUAUGUGGUUUUUCUUUUUUUUGUUGGUAUAAAUAAAUAGAUUUACGUGUAACUCCCCUUUAAUUGCGCAUCUAGUGUGCCUUCUAAUGUGCCGGUCUAGUGAUGGUUCUGUACUGCUGCUGCCUAUUUCAUGGCAAAGUUUGCAAAUAGCAAAUAAAUUAUAUAAUUUCUCAUUAUAUACUUCUGCCAAGUAAGCCUACUUAGCAGUUAACAUUCAAUUGAGAAGGUUUUGGGGAAAGUAUAUAAUGAGAAAUUAUAUAAUUUAUUUGCUAUUUGCAAACUUUGCCUGAGUGGCGCAGUGGUCUAAGGCACUGCAUCGCAGUGCUAACUGUGCCACUAGAGAUCCUGGUUCGAAUCCAUGCUCUGUCGCAGCCGGCCGCGACCGGGAGACUCAUGGGCGGCGCACAAUUGGCCCAGCGUCGUCCAGGGUAGGGGAGGGAAUGGCCGGCAGGGAUGUAGCUCAGUUGAUAGAGCAUGGCGUUUGCAACGCCAGGGUUGUGGGUUCGUUUCCCAGGGGGGGGGGCCAGUAUUUAAAAAAAACAUAUGUAUUCACUAACUGUAAGUCGCUCUGGAUAAGAGCGUCUGCUAAAUGACUAAAAUGUAAAAUGUAAAUGUAAAGUAUUUCUGUCAACCCACAAGACUGUUAUCACAUCAACUGGCAGUGGCUACACACAGAGUGAUAGACAAACGCCCGCAACCACACAGAAAAAAAGGGGCAAUAUUGCUGGAAAUGAAUUGGCAGAUAUUGUGUUAGGUUUGGCUUUUUAAGCCAAUAGUGGCUAACCAGGGUGGGAUAAUGUCAAUGUUGCAUUGGUUAAAUAAUAGCUAGGAGUUUGCGGUGUCUGAUACUUGUGAGAUUUGUUUAUGACCGUUUGCGGUGGAACGUGUGAAAAUUGCAGCUACUGGUAGCUCGCGAUCAAACCGUUGUAGACCCCUGCUCUAAACCCUUCUCUUACAGUUUAAAAGUAUUAUAACAACAUCAUAGUACACUUAUUUUGAAGAAGAAAAAAAAAUAUUUACACAUCUGCAAAAAAAUAACUGCCCUCAUUUUUUUUUUGUAUCCCUAUUAACGAUGUUGUCAAUAUGAAAGUUUGCUGGUCAUCAUUUGACACCAUUAUUUCUCUUACAGGCUGCAGAGGCUUUCCUCGUUUUACUGUUUUCCGACGCCUACCUGUGUACCAUCCACGCCAAGCGUGUAACGCUGUUCCCCCGUGACAUUCAGCUUGCCCGGCGAAUUCGAGGAGUGGAUAAUCUCUGAGAAUGCUCAGAUGAGCCAUUGAGGAGUGAGCAGUUUGGCUUGGGGUGGGGCCUGUUAUAGCCUCAAAUAUAUUUGGUUUUUACCACUCAAGCUCAGCCAAUCUGACCUUGGAUCAUGGACAAUGGGGUGUUGAGGACCUAACAGUGCUGUGUUUUAAUGCAAAGCAUCAGUGGACCUAAUUUUCCCCAAAUACACAUGCAUUAUGUUCUUGCCAUGUUCAUGCUAGUUAUAACCUCAAUAUAUGCUGUAACAAAAUGCUAACCCAGGCGAAGACUAUUGACCAAUGUUUUGCAUUUAGAAAUAUUUGUUGUACAUUGAAGGGAAACACUGUGUUGGGUAUACUGCUUUAGUUCAUCUGUGUUUUGGGCCUCAUGGCACCUAAGCCAAGGUAGUAUACUGGUAAAAUCUGUAAGAUAUAUUUGAUUUUCUGUAAAUAAUGUUUUUAUAAAUCAUUUUCAUGUUGGAUUUUAAAUAAAUGUUUUUUUCAUUACGAAAAGAA